GAACGUCAGAGCUGUGUCACAUUUGAAAAAUAAACGUGGUGUUUUGACCACGUUUUUCUCCAGGCUUUUUCGAGUGCUUCCACUGGUCAGAACUCUUAUUCUUCAGCGAGAAGUGGUUGAGUGCAUUCCAAAGAGGUAGUUUUCAGUGAAGUGCAGACAAUUCAGGUGAAAUUUCGCACGUAAAUUGCAUUGCGAAGUGAACAAUGGUGUUCUGAGAAGACAACAAAGGCACUUCACAGAAUGCAAGUGGAAAACGCGAAUGGGGUCGUGGUGGUGAAGGCGAAGCCUGUGCGGAGGGUAUUCAAGCCCACCACAUCGAGGACACUCAACAAAAUUCCACAGGAAAUCUUGGCGAAUGUGGAGCUGAACGCUGCCAUUGAAGCCCUGCCGAGGAAUUACAAUUUUGAGCUGCACAAGACAAUCUGGCGCGUGCGGGAGACGAAAGCCAGGCGAGUGGCGCUGCAGCUUCCGGAGGGCUUGCUGGUGUUCAGUCUUGUCCUGUGCGACAUCAUUGAGCGCUUCACGGACGCGGAUGUGGUGGUGAUGGGCGACGUGACUUAUGGUGCGUGCUGUGUGGACGAUUUCACGGCCAAGGCACUCGGAGCUGAUCUCCUAGUGCACUACGGUCACAGCUGCCUCAUCCCCGUGGACCGCAUGACUGGCAUUCGCGUGUUGUACGUCUUCGUGGACAUCAAGAUCGACGCCUUGCACUUCGUGGACAGCGUGAAGGCCAACUUCCCCACGGACAAGCAUCUGGCCCUCGUGAGCACGAUUCAGUUCGUCACGACCCUUCACGCGGCGGCUAAUCACCUUCGUGAGGCUGGCUUCACAGUCACGGUGCCUCAGUCGCGACCUCUGAGUCCCGGAGAGAUCCUGGGAUGCACAGCGCCCAAGCUUCCGGACACUUGCAACUGCCUCAUCUAUUUGGGCGACGGUCGCUUCCACCUGGAGGCCGCUAUGAUCGCCAAUCCCUCCGUGGAGGCCUUCAAGUACGAUCCGUACGAGAAGAAGUUCACCAUGGAGAAGUAUCAUCAUGCUGAAAUGCGGCAAACGCGACUGAAAGCCAUCGAACAGGCGAGAAGUGGCAGGAAAUUCGGUCUGAUCCUGGGCACACUCGGUCGCCAGGGCUCCACAAAGGUGCUGGAGCAUCUGCAGAAAAGACUGAAGCAGCUGGACAAGGAGUCUGUCAUCAUUUUGCUGUCCGAAAUCUUCCCCAGCAAGCUCAAACUCUUCACGGACAUUGACGCCUUUGUUCAGGUCGCCUGUCCACGAUUGUCUAUCGACUGGGGCUCAGCGUUCGCGAAGCCCCUCCUGACGCCCUACGAGUUCUCCGUGGCGCUUGGCGACGCCCAGUGGCGUUGCGGGGGCGACUCGAGGGACGCCUACCCGAUGGACUUCUAUGCGUCGCAGAGCCUGGGACGCUGGACGCCCAACUUCAAGCCGGAGGAUCCGCAGGAGGGCUGCGCACGCAUCGCCGGCAACGGAUGCUGCGGCCGAUGUGAGAAGGGAGACUUCGAUGACGCCAAGAAGGCCACAUGAUCUGAUAGUUAGAGGAUUGUAGUUGUGAAAUGUGAGACACCGUGUAGAAAAAUAUUAACCUGUGUUGCGAACAAAUGAGGAAUCUCUGUGAAAUGUGUCAACAAAUUAAGAUUAAUCAGAUGCUGCAAAUAAAUCAGCCACUGCUUAAUCUUGGCACAGAUGCUGUUUUUAUUGCAGCGACAAAACACGGUAAUGCCGCCGAUGAGGAAGAGACAACAGGGGAUUUUGUGCAGAUAAGCAGUAAAAUAUAGGAUUGUUGGGAUGAGAACAUGUUAGAGAGUGCAUAAAAGUAAAUGGGCGGGAACGCACAUGUCCUGAAAAUAUCCAUUCGUGGCUCUUUGCCCAAUUAAAUAAAAGCGUGCAUUGAAAGUAACGUUUCUUCACUGAUCAAGAAAGGUUGAUUGACUGCAUUCGACCAGCGAAUUGUCCUCCUGAUAUGCGAGAAAGA